CAGUGGGCGGGGCUAGUUUCCGGUGCUUAGUCGAGGUGCAUGACGGGAGCUUGCCGGACGGGAUGCAGUCAGGUGCCAACAUGGCCGUUGCGGCGUGCAGCAGCCACGUGAGCGUCUCAACACGCGGCGGCUAAUCCCGGCUCAAAUGUCCGCUCUGUUAUUUUGACCUCUUCACCCCACAGCUGAAAUAAUGAGGCGGAGUCACAUGACCCACGCAGGUUGCCAAAAAAAGCCCCUCCGUUGGCGGGAUGACUUCAGGGAGGCUGCAGCUUGUCGGGUGACUAGAAGGUCAAAGGUUAAACUAACUUCACUGUGUGUGUGUGUUUAGACACAGGGUAUCACAUCAAUGAUGCCCCGCCCACUUCCUGUCCUGGAUGCAGAUAACAGAAUGUGAUGCGCCACAGGUGGUGAGGACCUUGAUGAACGUGUUGUGGUCCAAACAUUAGGAACAGUCCUCCAACACGUCAUGUCAUGUCACGGCGCCGCGCAGCCAUCAUGCUGAUCUUCAUCACGUUCGGAAUGUCGGAAUGAGCAACACGAAUUUUUAUUCCGUCAACGUCUUCUCUCGUUACCGUGGAGCAGGUGCAUGCUGGGAGCCGGCCAAGAUGAAUUCCUGCGUGUCCACCUGCAGCCAGGUCACAUGACACGGCCAAGCUCCACCCAGCACGUCCACCAAAUCAAGACCCAGUCAGCCUCUCCUCAUCAGGUCGUCUUCAUCCAAGGAAUAAAAUCUUAUUUUUGGACUUUUGGAGAAAACGGUGAAGAGAUGGCUCUGCUGCUUCUCGCCGGAGUUUACUUCCUGGUUUCGUGGUCAUCAGCAACACAACCCUUGACCUGCGAGACCCGGGGGGCUGACCUGGCCCAGGAGACGGUGGCGGUCUCGUGUCCGGCGGACUGCAUCGGACGCAGACUGUCUGUGUUCGGUACGGGCGUCUACGCCGCCAUCUCGUCCGUCUGCGGCGCUGCUCUGCACAGCGGCACGGUGGGCGCAUCCGGGGGCGUGGUCGAGGUGGAGAGGUUGCCGGGGCGACACCCGUACAUUCGCUCCUUCGCCAACGGCAUCCAGUCGCAGGCCUUGUCUCGAUGGGGCUCCUCCUUCAGGCUCAGCGAGCACCUUGAGCAACCUCAGCAGAUCAUUAACGACGCCAGCGCCGCCACCGCCGCAGCCGCCACGACGCUGCCAGCAGCCAAGAAAGCCUUGAAGAAGUCAUCGCUCAAAAAGGUUCUUCCAGGAGGAAAUAAAGACUGUCAAAUGGACAUCGUGGUGGUGAUUGACAGCAGUGACAACAUCGGGCGGCGGCGCUUCAACCUGCAGAAGAACUUUGUCAGCAAACUUGCCGCCAUGUUGAAAGUUGGAACGUCUGGACCACAUGUCGGUCUCGUUCAGGCCAGUGAUGCUCCCAGAACCGAAUUCCUGCUGAGUAACUUCACGCACAGUAAAGAUCUUCAGUUUGCCAUCAAAGAGCUUACACACCUGGGAGGACAUACUAACACAGGGAAGGCCAUCAUGCAUGCAGCCCAGACGUCGUUCACGCAGGAGAGUGGUGGGAGGCGGGGCCACCCUCGUGUGAUGUUAGUGUUGAUUGACGGCUGGCCCUCGGAUGACCUGGAGCGGGCGGCCAUGUUGGCAAGAGAGUCCGGCAUCAACGUCUUCCUGGCGUCCGUCGCCAAGCCCUCCGCCGACGAGCUCGCCAUGGUGCGGGACCACGACUUCACCAAGAAGGCGGUGUGCAAAGACAACGGUUUCUUCAGCUAUCACAUCUCCAGCUGGUUCAGCACCACCAAACACGUCAAACCUCUCACGCAGAGACUCUGCUCGCUGGACGGCCUUCUCUGCAGUCGGACAUGUUUCAAUUCGGUCAACAUCGGAUUUCUGAUUGACGGGUCGUCAAGCGUCGGAGACCCUAACUUUCGUCUGAUGUUGGACUUCCUUGCGGCCAUCGCCACCAAGUUUGACAUCUCAGACGUUGGCGCUCAUGUCGGCGCCGUGCAGUUCACUUACGACCAGCGUCUGGAGUUUGGCAUGUCGGAGUACACCACCAAAGAUGGCGUCCUGAGCGCCCUGAGGAGGAUCCCCUACAUGAGCGGCGGUACGGCCACAGGACACGCCAUCACCUACGCCGCCCAGAACUUGUUCAGGCGAACCGGACCAGGACGCAACUUCCUCAUUGUGGUGACUGACGGCCAAUCAUACGACAACGUGGGCACGCCGGCAUCGGCCGCUCAGAAUCAAGGCAUCACCAUGUACUCAGUGGGCGUGGCCUGGGCACCCCCGGAUGACCUGAAGUCCAUGGCGUCGGCACCUAAAGAAAGCCACACCUUCUUCACCAGAGAGUUCACCGGAUUGGCCGAACUGGUGGAUCCCGUGGUACGAGGAAUCUGUCACGACUUCAGCGUCAAAAACUGAAUCCCACGCACAUGCCGCGUGCUCAUGCUAUGUAGCCCGUGUACAAACCGUGAUGAUGACAUCAUCACCACUUUGCGUAUUUCCUCUACGAGCAGACUUUUAUCUUGUAACUUCCUGUAUUGAAACUUGAUCAUUGAUGUCUGUUCAUAUUUAUUAUUUGUUUAUAUCCUAUAAACAUUUAUUUUAC